AUGUGGACCGCUUGCUUUCAGUUCUGCAUGAAUAUAUCCUCUUCCUUGUCACUGCAUAGACUUUUAAAUACCGUUUGUAAUCUGUCCUGUUGGCAGCUGCUUGUUCUGCCUCCUGGUUUGAAUUUUAUAUGCGCUCUACCUGCAAUGGCUAUGUUGAGAAAUAUCCUCAUCAUUUGUCAGCUUCUUCCAUUCGCGAGGACCCGAAAUAUCAAAUUCUUCCCAUGUGAGACGGAUGAGAACGUCACCACGGUAGACUGCUACGAGAGACCAAUCAGGAAUAUCCCAGUCAUCACGUCUACCACAGUGGUGUCACUCAAUUUAAGUCGGACGAAGAUACGGCAAGUUGGGCAGCAUGCUUUUGCAGAUGUGCCAAACCUUCUCACUCUGAAAAUAAUGGGGAAUUGUCAACCAGGUCAACUGAGAGCCAUAAAGGACCAGUCAUGCAAAAUGAAGAUCCACCCUCACGCCUUCAAAAGUCUACUUAGUCUUCAAUCACUGUACCUAUCUGGAAAUAGCCUCACCUCCAUACCCUGGUUACCUGAAACCCUGAGGGUUCUCGAUCUACAGAACAAUUGCAUCUUCCACAUUACAGACCCUUUAAACACUCCAAAUCUUGAAAUGCUCUUCCUCACCAAGAACUGCUUUUAUGCAAACCCUUGCAACCAGUCUUUUUACAUCAGUGAGAGGGUUUUCAGAGAGCUCCGUAAUCUCAAAACGCUUACGUUAGGGCAUAAUAACUUGACAGCUGUCCCCAAUGGACUGCCACCCUCACUGGAGAGUCUGGAUUUAAGAGAGAAUAGAAUCACAGUAGUCUCAGACGGAGCAUUUGCGAACCUGACCAUGCUCAAAAAAUUGAAUUUGGAGUGGAACUGCCAGCGUUGUGACCAUGCAUCGAGGCCCUGUUUUCCUUGCCCUAAUAAUCACUCUCUUUACCUCCAUCCAAACUCAUUCUAUGCUGAGAACAGCUCGAUCACCUUCCUAAGCUUGAGGGGCAACUCUUUAAAAACCUUCCCAGAGGGCCUUUUCAGACCUUUGACUAAUUUAAAGAAACUGGACCUCUCUGACAACCUCCUGGCAUAUGCUAUACAAAAUGGCACCUUCUUCACAGAGCUGAGGGGCCUCACUUGGAUGAGUCUAAUCUACAACUAUGAACCGCUGAAGACAUUCCAGGAACUUAGUCUUUCAUCACAUAUUGGCAAUAUAUCUGGUCUACAACAGCUCCUCCUCAGUGGUAACUUUUUCCACAGUCUUUCCCCUCAGAGCCUUAGUGUUCUGUCCAAACUCAGACAUUUAAAAACACUAGAGCUGAGAAUGAACUUCAUUAGAAAUUGUAACUUGACAGCUCUGAAACAGUUACCAUCUCUAAUUGAAAUUGACCUCUCCCAAAACAUGCUUUCUUUCCUUCCUUGUCCAUCAUCUGAAAUUUUGGCACAACAUAGAUGUCAGAACCAGAAUUUGUACACGAAUGAUUUCUGUGACCAACCCAUUAUUGUAGUUGAUCGCGAAGUCACAUCAGGAGAUGGGAUAUGGGAACCCAACCAAUCAAAGUUGCUGGAAACGCUAAAGGACAACGUGUCACCAUUUCCAUCACUAUGGGAUUUUAGAACCUAUUUCUGCCAAAAUAAUUUAACGUUUGACCUGUCUCAAAAUGACAUUCUGUCUCUUAACAAACAUGUGUUUCUAGGCAUGGAGAAUGCUGUUUGUUUAGACCUUUCCUUUAAUUACAUGAACCAGGCAUUGAGGAGAGGACAAUUUAGUAGCACAAAAAAUUUAGUUUUUCUAAAUUUGUCAUACAAUAGGUUUGAUCUUUAUUAUACAGAUGCGUUCAGUGAGCUUAAAACUACUCUGAAGGUAUUAGAUGUUAGUAACAACGAUUUUCACUUCAGAAUGAGGGGCAUGGGCCAUCGUUUCGAGUUUCUUCAAAAUCUGACUAACUUGGAAGUCCUAAGUCUCGCAAACAAUGGCAUUGGAAUGAGAAUAGAUCAAAUGCUGAUCAGCAGCUCAGUAAAGUACCUCUACUUCUAUGGAAAUCACCUUAACAUUAUGUGGGAAUCUGGCAACAACCAGUACACUAAAUUCUUCCAAAACCUGACAAACCUCAUCUACCUGGACAUCUCUGACAACGAUCUGACCUCAAUCACACCGGACGUACUGUGUCACCUCCCAGCAAGCAUUGAAUCCCUCAGCAUCAGCAACAAUCUGCUGAACUAUUUUCCAUGGCAGAACAUGUCGGCACUCAGCAACUUGUGUCACCUGAACCUCAGUCAAAAUUAUCUUUACUAUUUACCUUAUAGAGUCAUAGAAUUCGGAGCCAAUUUUUCUCUCUUGGACCUCAGUCACAAUCGCUUUAGUGUUAUUCCUGAGAAUUUCUUCAGAAAGGCAAAAUCAAUGCAAUAUCUGUAUCUCAGCAACAAUCAGAUCAAAGAGUUGGACCAUCAGUAUGUACCUACCCCUUUUAAAAAUGGUAGUGCCCUCAAAAUACUCACCCUGCAUGCCAACCCCUUUAAAUGUGAUUGUUCUACAUCUUGGUUUGCAGACUUCUUGAGCACUACUCCAGUAAACAUUCCUCAUCUCACCACACGCAUACAUUGUGAAUAUCCAGAGUCCAAACAGGGUCAGAGUAUACUCUCUAUGGAUCAGAAAUCCUGCCAGGAUGUAUAUGGUAGCUUAGCUUUCCUCGUCUGUUCUUUCUUGGCUCUGACAAUCACUGCUCUGCCCCUACUGAAGCACCUCUAUGGCUGGGACAUGUGGUAUUGCAUACAGGUGCUUUGGGCAGGACAUAAAGGGUAUUCCCAGUUGGCAGGCUCUGAUUCACAUAAUCACUACGAUGCCUUUGUGGUGUUUGACACCACAAACCAGGCCGUGAGGGAUUGGGUCUACAACGAGUUAACUGUCAACCUGGAGAACUUUGGUCCAAGGAGAUUUUGCCUCUGUUUGGAAGAGAGGGACUGGACUCCAGGCCUUUCAUGUAUUGAGAAUCUACACAGUGCUGUCUACAACAGUGUGAAGACGGUGUUUGUGCUGUCCAGCUGUUUGAAUAGUGGCGAGACGGCGAACGGCGUGAUCCGCCAGGCGUUCUACAUGGUUCAACAGCGGCUCCUGGAUGAGAAGAUGGAUGCAGCUGUGCUGGUUCUGUUGGAUGAGAUGUUUCCCAAAUUGAAGUACCUUCAGCUGAGGAAGAGGUUGUGCAGAAAGUCUGUGUUAACCUGGCCGAGAAACCCAAAGGCUCAACCCCUUUUCUGGAAUCGAAUGAGAAUGGCGUUGUCGUCGGAUAACCUCAAAUUAUAUGACAACAACAUGAGUGAAAGUUUUAUAUGAUGGAGAGCACGUUGGUGGAAAGUUAUUGAUGAUGUGACACACACACACACACACACACACACACACACACACACACACAAUGAUACUUGAUUAAUGUUUUUAAUAUGUUAAUUUACACAAUUGAUUAAAUCGUAGCAGCUUUUGUGCUCUGUUGAUUUAUCUGUAGGGUGAUUUAAUUGAUAUUGUACUUUUUAUAUAUUUGACAUCGUCGUGUGUUCUUUGUUUUCCAUCCCGAUUUUAUUUACUGUCGUUUUUGAGUUAGUCCUUGUCUUCAGAGAACUUGAGUAUGAAGUCUGAAAAAGGUAAAGCACGGUUAACUUAAUGUAUGGGCAUUGUACAUGAUGAUACUUUGAUAUUGGACCAUUCAAAUAAACCUUUAAAGAGA